UCCACCGCGCGUCGGCACCACCGGCCAAAAUGGGCUUCCUGGGCAUCUACCGCGCGCUCUACGACUACACGCCCAACGAGGAUGCCGAGCUGGCCAUCAAGCAGGGCGACCUGCUCUACAUCCUCGAGAAGAAUGACGACGACGGCUGGUGGAAGGCCAAGAAGAAGGCCGGCACCGAUGACGAGGACGAGCCGACGGGCCUGAUCCCGAACAACUACGUUGAAAAGGCCGAGACCGUGGGCCACGCCCGUGCCAUUUACGAGUACACCCGCCAGACCGACGAGGAGCUGUCCUUCCCCGAAGAUGCCGCGCUGGAAGUCUUCGACACCAGCGACGAGGAUUGGAUCCUUGCUGGAUACGACGGCGAGUACGGCUUCGUCCCGGCAAACUACAUCGAGCUCCAGGCUGCCGCUCCCGCCAGCGCGCCGGCACCCCCAGCAGCCCCGGCGCUACCCCAGCGGCCGACAUCUCAGAUCACCACCACCGAUGACAGCACUCCCCUAUCUGAGGAUGUGCCCGCUGCCGCCUCCCCCGUCGCCGCCGUUGCUCCGGCCGUUGCCCCGGCCGCCGAUCCUGCCGCCGCCAUUGCCAACGUUAUCCAGAAUCGACAAUCCACCAAGGAACCCAUGACCAUAAGAUUCAAAGAGCCGGACUUGUCCGAUGAAGAAUCCAUCAGGUCCCCUGCGCUGCCUACGAGGCCUCGCCCACAGUCUCAGGCGUAUUCAGUCUCGUCGGAGCCACCCAGACAGCCCGAGCGAACUCCUGAAUCCCAGCCCAAAGGACAUCUGAUCCCCGGCAACUUUCACCUGUACAACAUCAACGAGAUGGUGUCGGUCAUGGGCAAGAAGAAGAAGAUGCCAACAACGCUGGGCAUCAAUCUCUUGACAGGCACUAUUCUCAUUGCACCCGAGAGAGCUGAAAACGACCCCCCUCAAGAGUGGACUGCCGACAAGAUGACCCAUUACUCCCGCGAAGGCAAGCACGUCUUCAUGGAGCUUGUUCGCCCUAGCAAGAGUAUUGACUUUCAUGCCGGAGCUAAGGACACUGCAGAAGAAAUUGUCGCCUCCCUUGGCGAGCUUGCAGGCGCUGCUCGAGCAGAGGGGAUACGGGAAAUCAUUGCGGCAGGUUCUCAGAAGCGACAAAAGAAGGGAACCAUCCUGUAUGAUUUCAUGGCACAGGGCGAGGACGAGGUGACCGUUGCUGCUGGCGAUGAGGUGGCCAUCAUCGAUGACACACGGAGCGAGGACUGGUGGCAGGUUCGCCGCUUGAAGAAUGGCAAAGAGGGCGUUGUCCCCAGCAGUUACAUCGAGUUCUCCGGCACCAUCACGCCGCCGUCUGGAGGCCAAAUUCCCGCCAAAUCGAUGGUCGAGCAAAACCGCCUGGAAGAGAUACGACUCACCAAGGAAGCAAUGAAGGCUAGCAGAGAGUCUCAACAGCCGCGGCCUCGACGUGAGAAUGGACGAAACGACAGUGGCAGCCACUCUGCGAACAAGUCUAAACCCGAUCCCUCCAAAGUCCGGGUGUGGACGGAUCGAUCAAAGUCGUUUAGCGUCGAAGCGCAGUUCCUCGGACUCAAAGAUGGUAAACUUCACCUUCAUAAGAUGAACGGCGUCAAGAUCGCUGUACCCAUAGCCAAGAUGUCGCAUGAAGACCUCGUGUACGUCGAGAAUCUCACUGGCAUUUCUCUGGACGAUGAGAGACCCCUGGCCGACGUCAAACGAUCAAAACCUCCGGAGCAGAAGAAGGCUCCUGCGGUCGGGGCUAUUGUGGACAAGGGCCCGACUCGACCCGAGUACGACUGGUUCCAGUUCUUCCUUUCUUGCGAUGUCGCUGUGGGUCUCUGUGAGCGUUACGCCCAGGCUUUCACAAGGGAUUCGAUGGAUGAGAGCGUCCUACCAGAUGUCGACGCUGGGGUCUUACGGAACCUAGGCUUGCGGGAAGGGGACAUCAUCAAGGUUAUGCGUAACCUGGAUGCCAAGUUUGGCCGUGAACGUGGCAACAAGGUCAAUGGCGAGGGCGACGGCGGUCUCUUCUCCGGUCCUGGCGGAGCGCUGCGGAAUAACACAAGAAAGGGUCGACCCGCCCCUGCGGUCCAGACUGGCGAUGUGGUCGACGCCGCCGUGUUCGCGACCAAGGAUGGAAACAGCACUGCCGAAACAGCCGCGAAGGCAGCGUCUCCUCCAAGCCCUGCAAAGUCACCCAAACGUCCCGCAGGUGGAUUUGACGAUGAUGCUUGGGAUGUGAAGCCUACAAAGCAGGAGCAGCAGACACAAGCGCAACCAGCAGCACCGCCGGCGGAGACACCCGCAAACAACACGGCUCCGGCUCCAGCUGCGGCCCCGGCCCCAGCUCCGGCUCCCGCGCCUGCUCCUCCGGCGCUCACUGGUUCCCUGCAAGAACUCUCCCUGUUAACAACACCUUUGGAGCCAAGCAAGACCGAGCCCCAGCCCCAGCCCGCGGCUCCGCUCGGGGGCGUAGACAAGGCGCCUGCACCAGCGCCCCAGCAGCCGCCUUUGGGAGCAAGCCCGGCCUUCUUCCAAACGGUGCCCCAGCCGAACCAGAUUCAGCCCUCUCUGACAGGAGUUCAGCCCUCUCUGACAGGAGUUCAGCCCUCUCUCACCGGGGUUCACAUUUCGCCAAAGACUCUAGGAAGGCAACGCCCUAUCGCGCCGUCUAUCUCGCCGCCAGUUCAGGGGUCGCUUGUCGUUCCUCCGCCACCGCAGCGACCCCUUUCUGCUCCGCAGUCGGCUCUCCCCCAGGGCAUGUUUGCUGCUCCCCCGCUCGUCCCCCAGGUUACCGGCCUUGUUCAGGGCCAACCUGCACCACCGGGACAGAGCCUCAGCGACCUUGCCCAGGCCCGGCUGCAACAGCAAUAUACUGCGCAGAUACAAAACCUGCAGCCGAUUCAGCCAAUGCUCACGGGCUACGUUGGACCGCAGCCGCAAGGCCUGGGUCCGUUCCCUCAAGGAGCUCCUGGGCCGUACUUGCAGCCCAUGAUGACUGGAGCGCCUGGCUACGUCGACCCAAGCCGCUUCAGCCAGUAUGGAGGGCUUCAACCUCAGCCGACCGGCUUCCAGCCAGGGUUGGGACAGUCUCCCUUUGGUAGCGGAAGUAUCAACAACUUCCUGCCGCCGCCUCUGCAGCCACAGCCGACUGGAUUCCAGAGCCUGCAACCCCAGCAGACAGGAGCUACGAAUGAUUUGAAACCACCCAUGCAGCCUCUUGUCCCGCAGAAGACCGGCCCCCCUCCGCCCGUCCGGUUCGGCGUGACGCCCGAGACGAAGAAGCUCACUCCCCAGGCAACCGGCCGCCGGGCCAACCUGGCGCAAGCGACUCCUGACAACCCGUUCGGCUUCUAGAUGGGAGGGUUUAUUUCUCGCGACACACCUGUGAUAUAUAGCUAAUUAUAUAGUCUGAUUUCAACACAACAAACACUGCCUGCUU